AUGCUGUGGUGGAUGCGGAUCGUCCCAGCUCCAAAACCAUCGUAUAUACAAACUCCACCACCUGCGUAUGUAUCACCACCACCACCGCCUAUAUAUCAGCCACCUCCACCACCGCCUAUAUAUCAGCCACCUCCACCACCUUCAUAUGUAGCACCACCACAGCCAUCGAUGCUUCAGCCACCUCCACCACCUUCAUAUGUACCACCACCACAGCCACCUCCAUCAUCUUCAUAUGUAGUACCACCACAACUACCGGUACAACAACCACCUCAAUCACCGCCACCUAUAUAUAAGUCACCUCCACCAUCUGCACCCGUUGGUUAA